CAUAGCGCUUUUGUGGGCCUCUUCAGUCUCUCACAGCUGAGCAGAGAAAGCUUUCGGGCUAAGGAAAAACCUUUUCGUUUUCUCAAAUCUUGCUCCGUAUUGUUAAAUAUUCUAAGUUGAUCUCCUUUCAACUCUCUCUCUCUCUCUCUCUCUCUCUCGCUUUUGGCAUUACUCUUUUUUCAGCUCCUGCAGCAGUGAAGCCUUGAAGUUCGAUUCAUAUGUGAAGAAGGCAGAGCCCUAGGAAUCAUGUUCACGGAAGGGCUUGAUCGAAAUGCGCUUCGAUGGGUUAGAGAGAAGGAUGGUGCAUUUCCGAAUUCGAGUCUGAGACCUCGAAUCGAUCCCAUUACCGGCAUUCGCAACGGUGGUGGCAGGGGAUUCGGAUUGCCCCCUCCGUCAAAAUUCAGAAGCGGGCAUUUGCCCUCAAAUGCCAUACCUGUAUCUCGAACUUUACAUGGUGAUGAUGAGAGUGGGUCGAAUUCUGAAAAUGAUAUGAGCACUGAUUCAGAGGAGGAGGUGUAUGGAGGUAGAUAUUCGUUGGAUUCGUCGCCACAAGAUGAUAGAAUUCCCAAUGGUACUACUGCUAAUAGACAUGGGAGCCUGGCGCAGAGGCGGUCACAGUAUGCUAGUGAUUCUAUGUACUCUGACGUCAGUUCGUCGAUGGAAACGGUGGCAGGGAGACAAGGGCAUGUGGCGGAGAGGUUGGUGAAGGGAAAUGGGAGGUACCCAGUUGGGCAGUAUGGUUACACGGAGGACGAGUCUUCAGAUUCUGCUGCUAGCUCGGAAUUUUCUACUACGCAAGUGGGAAGCAUCAAUGGUGCCAUGCCCCGGGCUAGAGCUUAUGUUUCAGAGGGAUAUGCUUCCAGUGUGCCAUCACGGGUGAAUAUGGAAAGUGCUGCUGAAAAGGAUUUGCGUUCGAGAAACCUGCAGAAUGAAAAGUUCUCUGAUGAAGAUGAUGAUGUUCCCAGUGCCCCUCCUAUUUGUGGUUCCGUUCAUGAAAUUAAACAAGGUUCUGAAAGAAGUCAUGCAUCUAAAGUAUCGGGUUCAUGUGAAGUUUCAACCAAAAAGGAUCGAAAUAUGUUAGAAACCACAUCCAGUGUUAAGCCGGAGAAUGAUAUUGGAAAUAGGAAUCCUGACCAGUUUGUAAGAACUAGAGCCAGUUCAGAAGCAGGUGCAUCUUCAGGUUCAUAUCCAGCUCGCCUCCCAACAUUUCAUGCGAGUGCUCUAGGGCCAUGGCAUGGUGUGAUUGCAUAUGAUGCAUGCGUGCGACUUUGUCUUCAUGCUUGGGCAAUGGAAUGCAUGGAAGCUCCAAUGUUCUUGGAAAAUGAAUGUGCUCUAUUACGGGAUGCUUUUGGGUUACGACAAGUGCUGUUACAAUCAGAAGAUGAAUUAUUGGUGAAGCAUACUUCAGAGCUUGCCAGUGAGGGGGUUGCUCCAAAGCCUAAGAAAAUCAUUGGCAAGAUGAGGGUGCAAGUGCGCAAAGUGAAAAUGGCCCUGGACCCACCAACUGGCUGUAGUAUCACGUCUUUUAGGCCUCCAGUAAUUAAAUUGGAAUCCAUUCGAUUUCGCCUCUCCAAUUUGCAGUCAACACUUUCUUCUGGAUGUCAAGCUGUAAGAAAGAUUCGUGCUGUACCGCGUCUACCUGCAAAUGGUUCUCUUUCACGUCAGAGUUUGGCAUAUGUACAUGCUGGUACUCGGUAUAUAAAACAGGUGUCUGGACUCCUAAAAACUGGCGUAACAACUCUACGCAACAGCUCAUCAUCAUAUGAAGCUGUGCAAGAAACAUACUCUUGUCUGUUAAGGCUGAAAAGUUCACCUGAAGAUGAUGCAAUCCGAAUGCAAGCUGGAUCUGGUGACACCCAUGUCUUCUUUCCAGAUAGUAUAGGAGAUGAUCUACUAGUUGAAGUCCAGGAUUCCAAGGGGAAGCAGUUUGGCCGUGUCCUUGUUCAAGUAGCUACUGUUGCUGAUGACCCGGCUGACAAGCUACGCUGGUGGUCUGUAUAUCGUGAGCCAGAACAUGAGCUUGUGGCCAAGAUACAGCUGUAUAUAAAUUAUUCAACUAGUUCAGAUGAUCAUGGUCAACCCAAGUGUGGCUCUGUCGCAGAAACGGUUGCAUAUGAUCUAGUUUUGGAGGUUGCUAUGAAAGUUCAGCAUUUUCAACAACGAAACCUAUUGUUGCAUGGUCCUUGGAAGUGGCUCUUAACGGAGUUUGCCUCAUACUAUGGGGUUUCUGAUGUAUACACCAAGCUGAGAUAUCUUUCAUAUGUCAUGGAUGUGGCAACCCCAACAGCUGACUGCCUCACCUUGGUGUGUGACUUGUUAAUGCCUGUUGUUAUGAAAGGCCACAGCAAGAACACAUUGAGUCAUCAAGAGAAUCGAAUUUUGGGAGAAACUAAGGAUCAAAUUGAACAGAUUCUCGCCUUAGUUUUUGAGAACUACAAGUCACUUGAUGAAUCCUUGCCCUCGGGUAUCAUGGAGGUUUUCAAGCCUGCAACUGGGCUAGCAGCGCCUGCACUGGAACCUGCUGUCAAAUUAUAUACGCUUCUUCAUGACAUCUUGUCUCCUGAGGCUCAGACUACUUUAUGCCAUUAUUUUCAGGUUGCUGCAAAGAAGAGAUCAAGAAGGCACUUGACUGAGACAGAUGAAUAUGUUACCAACAAUAAUGAAGGCUGUUUGGUGGACACUGUUACUAUGUCUACUGCUUACCGAAAGAUGAUAUCCCUCUGCAUGAACAUUAAGAAUGAAGUUUUUACUGAUAUUGAGAUCCAUAAUCAACAUAUACUUCCGAGUUUUAUAGAUCUCCCAAAUCUGUCUACAGCCAUCUACAGCACAGAGCUUUGCAACAGAUUGCGUGCUUUCCUCAUUGCUUGCCCCCCAACGGGCCCUUCACCUCCUGUUGCAGAACUUGUUAUCACUACUGCAGAUUUUCAGAGGGAUCUUUCCAGCUGGAAUAUCAGCCCUGUCAAAGGUGGAGUUGAUGCGAAAGAAUUGUUCCACUUGUAUAUUAUGGUAUGGAUACAAGAUAAGCGUCUCUCUUUGCUCGAGUCAUGCAAAUUAGAUAAGGUAAAAUGGUCGGGAGUUAGGACACAACAUUCUACUACUCCUUUUGUUGAUGAAAUGUAUGACCGAUUGAAGGAAACUUUGAGCGACUAUGAGGUUAUCAUUUGCCGAUGGCCAGAAUAUAUUUUUGGCUUGGAGAAUGCUAUUGCUGAUGUUGAAAAGGCAAUUGUGGAAGCUUUAGACAAGCAAUAUGCAGAUGUCUUGUCGCCGGUGAAGGAAAAUAUGGCGCCCAAGAAAUUUGGCCUCAAGUAUGUCCAAAAACUUGCCAAACGUUCUGUAUGCCCCUAUGUAGUUCCCGAUGAGCUGGGAAUUCUACUGAAUUCCAUGAAGAGGAUGCUUGAUGUCUUGCGCCCCAAAAUAGAAGCUCAGUUCAAGUCAUGGGGUUCUUGCAUCCCUAAUGGUGGAAACACAGUUCCUGGAGAGCGUCUCAGUGAAGUAACAGUGAUGUUGAGAGCCAAGUUCAGAAAUUAUCUGCAAGCAGUUGUGGAGAAACUUACAGAGAAUACAAAAUUACAGAAUGCUACAAAGUUGAAAAAGAUUCUUCAAGAUUCAAAGGAAACUGUGGUGGAAUCUGAUGUACGGGGUAAAAUGCAACCGCUAAAAGAGCAGGUGACAAAUACAAUAAGUCAGCUUCAUACGGUCUUUGAGACUCAUGUUUUCAUUGCAAUCUGUCGAGGUUACUGGGACCGGCUGGGGCAGGAUGUUCUAAGUUUCUUGGAGAACAGAAAAGAGAAUAGGUCAUGGUAUAAAGGUUCACGAAUUGCAGUAACUAUUCUGGAUGAUACCUUUGCCUCACAGAUGCAGCAGCUGCUUGGAAAUACAGUUCAAGAGAAGGACCUGGAGCCGCCUAGAUCUGUGAUGGAAGUCCGUUCAAUUCUUUGUAAGGAUGGUGCUCCCAAUCACAAGGACAACACGUACUACUACUAAGCCUAUUUAUGUACAUAGAAGGGGAGAGGGGAGGCAUAUAUCUUAGCUUUGCAAAAACAGGGGCUCAAGUAACGUUGAACACAUACAAAGAUGAUGAUCUCAUUGGCCGGCUGAAAUAUAGGUGGGUCAUUUUGGUCAUCAAGAUGCAUACGUAGUCUCCAUAGCUGCUGGGGCUGCAAACUUUUUGUAUAGGAAGCAAGCAACUCGACUGCUCCAGAACCAUGAGUCUGCUCUCUCUUCAGAGGGUUCCCGUUUUGUUUUUGUUUUCCUACUUAUUUUCCAUACCUGAUUCUCUCCCUCUUUUAUGUAAUCUCUCUAUAAUGUUUCA